AUGGUUGAUGUGGAAGGGUCAGUACUCACAAUCAUGGUCAUUCUCAUCCGUAUGGCCAUCCCACGUGCCAAUCCCAGCGUGGAGCGUGGGCUGCUGACAGUCUCUGCCACCCCCACAAAUUCCCCUCAUUGCCAUCCCCUCGCGGUUCAAACCUCUCUCUAUUUUUUCAACAUGGAAGAGGGAGAUCAAAAGGAGCUUCAGCUUCUCCCUUCACAGCUUUCCAUAGCUUCUUCUUCUUCUUCCUCAUCUUCUUUAUUAUUGUCGCGGCCGAUGGAUUCUUCAUUGAGGUACAAAUCAGUGGUGUCUGAUCAUCAUCAUCAUCAUCAUCAUCAGUUUGGAGGGCCAUCACUAGACUUGCAACUAUCCAUAAGUGUUAGGCCAAUCCAGGCACCAUCUAAUUGCGUUUUAACAGGUCCCAUUUGUGAUUUCAGCGAUGCAAAAAAGGACACGAGCUGCGUUGAGGCCUUGAAAUGGCAGGCUGCUGAGCAAAUUAAAUUGGCAGCUAUUGAAAAGGCCUACGCGGAGAGAGUAAGGGACCUAACAAGGAAGGAGAUGGAGUUGGCGCAGUCAGAGUUUGCAAAGGCUAGGCAUAUGUGGCAAAGAGCUAGAGAGGAGGUUGACAAAGCUGAGAGAUUGAAAGAGAAAGCUACAAGGCAGAUGGAUUCUACGUGCAUGGAGAUCACUUGCCAGUCUUGCAGGCAAAGGUUCAAGCCUUGA